CUCUCUCUCUCCGCAAGACGAAAGCUCAUCUCUCUCUGAGACGAAAUCUCUUCUCUCUCUCUCUUUCUUAUGCCUUAAAAGACUCAUCUGGGACUUGAACUUUGUCCUUUAUUGAUCGUGGUCUCUUUAAUUUGGGGUUUCGUUGAUCUCCGAGGCUGGGUCUCCCUCUUUGCUGUAUUGGAAUAUACCUGGGCAUAUAAGAAUCGUCGAGUUCCAAGCUGUGAAAAUGGCGAGUUCAGGGCUUGUGGCCAGAGAAGGAAUCCCAUUUCCCCAUGUUGUCUCUGACCCUAAUUCAGGAGAGAGUUCAAGAUCACGUGGGGCCCUCAUCGAAAAGAAAAUUGAAUUUCUUGAAAGUUUUUCCAAUAAGAUUAGCAACCGAAGAUCGCGCAGAUGGCUGAAUGAUCACUUAUUGAUUGAGCUUGUUCCUCCAUUGAGUGCAGAUGAAAUUAGGGGUCUCUUUGCCCCACCUCCAUGGGGUGAGGGUACAACAUCAUCACCAUUUUGCAUGAGCAACAUGGGCGACUGGGAUUCAUUUAGAAAUAUUGACAUGGAUAAAGAGGCAAGUCUGGUAAAGUCUAUGGAAAACUCUGCAACAGAGAGGAAACAACAUAAUGUUAGUGAUAGGAUGGCUGCGUUGAGAGCUUGGCAACGAGUCGAUCAUCGGACCAGAGAUGCACUGAGGCAUAGCUUUCUUUCUAAUCUCAUCGACAGUUAUGAGGAGCGCAUAAGGACGUAUGUGAAGGAGGGUGGAGAUGGAGAGGUACUUGUGCUACAGGUCGAAGACCCAUUUCAUCGACUAUUACUCCAUGGAAUAUGCGAGUUUUACGACUUGGUCUCUGUGACAGUCGACAAUUUUACGGGCACUAGGAAGGAAGCUAAACCCAGUAAGGUGACACACAUUAGGAAAAAGAAAUUGGGAUCUCGAGAAGUUCCACAUACAAAGCUGGCUGAAUUUUUAAGAUCAGCUAAAAAUGGAGCCAAUAAUUGUUCACCUCUUGUGGGUUGCAGUUGAUCAUCAUCUCAACCUCUUGUACAGUGUUUAAUCUUUGAAAUAAGCAUUUCUCAACAGGUUGGUGGCCAACAUUCUCCUUUCUAUGAAUUGUACAAAUGGACUUCCAAUAGGAAUGCUUGCUUUCCUUAACAUGGCAAGGAAGGAAAAAUAAUUGCUUUAUAUUCUCUAUUCAAUGUUUCAUGGAUAAUAUGAAGUUUCUGAAAAUUACCCAAAGGGAUUGCCUGUGUACUAUAAAUUAUGGAUUUCUUCUAACCAAUAUGUUACAGAUUUAUGCUUUAA